AUGUCUUCAUCGCAAGGCUUUGCUGAGCAUAGUGGGGGUGAUUCUAAGUCAUCUGCCUUUUCUUCCAGCUCCACUGGCACCGCAAAGAAGGCUGCAUUCACUUUCCAGUCUCGAGGACGCCCCUCCGACCCUCCAACCAGCAAGAGUCGCCCCUUAGCCCGUCGCCCGCAUCAGCUCGGCCAUGACGAUGAUUCCUCCGACGAAGAGCGUGCCCCCGCCCACGAAGAAAUUUUGGGCUUCGAUACGCAUACCGGUGGCCAGAUCACCGCUGAUGGCAAAGCUGUCAGCGAUGCGAACCAACCACUCGUGAUUCCUGUGACGAGUAAGAAUAAUUGGCGUGACCGCCCAGGCACAAAUGCGAGGAAGGGCAAGAAGAAUCUGCUUCCACGUGAAGUGCAGGCUAUGCGAGAAGCGCAAAAGAAUGGACAGGCCCCGGCCGGAGGAGCGGUUGAGACUGAAGGCCCGAGCAUGGCCUAUGGCCUUAGUUUUGCCCAAAAGCCUUCUGAGCAAGAUGAGGAGAUUCCCACUGUCAAAGAGGAUCAACCUAUGCAUCAUAUACAGCCGAUUUCAACCGAAGACCAGAAACCUCUUACGGAAGACCAGUUAGCUAUGCAAGCUCUACUCAAGGAGACUACCGGUGAAGUAGAGCGGCGGACAGACCUCGUGAUUGAAUCCUCUAAGCACGACGAGGAUGAGGAGCCCUUCAGGCGCCACGACGAAACAAGCUCUUUCCGAACAGACGUGGCUUCCCGCCCCGAAUCUGCCACUAUAGAUCAAUACAACGCUAUCCCGGUGGAAGAGUUUGGAGCUGCGCUUUUGAGAGGUAUGGGUUGGAAGGACGGUCAGUCUAUCGGACGGGGUGAUUACAGCUCCUCCACAGCUGCGCAGAAAGCAAAGAAUCCCACUGGCCCAGAGCGACGUCCGGGAUUCUUGGGAAUUGGCGCUAAGGAUUCAGGAAAGGGUGCUGAAGUGGAGCUUGGUGCGUGGGGAAAGUCAGCCAUGCGCAAAGCAUCAAGGAAACAGGGUGAAGAAAAUGCGAGCGGCAACGUCGAAGGUGUCUACAUGCCUGUUACGAUGCGGAACAAGAAGACCGGUGAAUAUAUCACCGAGGAAGAGCUCGCAGAGUUGAAGGAGUCCUCCAAGUCACAAGUUGAGAAAGAUGACUGGCGCGAGAGACGGGAUCGCAAUUUAGAGAAGAGCGGUCGUGACAGGGACCAGGAUCGAGAGUACCGCAAACGCGACUAUGACGACGACCGCUCUGAUCGAAGGAAUGGCUCCUCCCGCCGGGAUCGAAGCUCAUCUGCUAGCCGUCAUUCAUCUCGACGCUCAAAAUACGACGAUGACGAUGACCAUCGGAGGGAAGAUCGCUCUCCUCGUGACCGAGACCGGGAACCAGCUCGCGACACUCCUCUCAUUCGUCUCGAAACGAUCGUAACCGCGACCGCGACUCUCGUCGAAGCCGGAGAGAUGACUAGAGGAUGA